UACUGUCCCGGCUUGCAAACAGGCGCCGGAUGAGAAGAAGAACUGUGAAAUGUGGAAAAGUUGUGAGUUGUAAACGACCAGGAGCGGCCGUCGGUUCUGGAUUAACGCGGGUGUCGAUUAACAGAAGCUGGAGUCGUGAAGAUAGAGCGGAAAAUGCUAACCAGUUAGCCCGGUUUCGCCGCUAGCUGGCUAAGGAAGUUAGCCAGUUAGCUAGCAAGCCGCGUCAGCUCGCCAGAGGCUGCGCUCUUGUUUCGCGCAUUUCCAACCUGUUUUCACGUCUAUGUAACAAUUAAACUGGCGCUUGAACAAAACCGGAAAGACUAUAAUUGGUAACGGUUUAAGUCAUAGAAUAGGGAAACGUCUUAAAUUGGCUUUUAAAAUGAGGAGUCAGCGGAGUGUCUCGUGGGCGGCUGCUGUUCUUUUGUUUUGACAAAGGAAGAGGAACACAGAUUUAAAAAAACAAAACGUCAGGUGGUGGUAAAAAAAUUUGGCAACUCGUUUUUUGGGGGGUGGUUAUUGUGUUUUUUAUGUUGUGACAAUGGCUCCACAUAAGCAGAGCUGCUCCGGUGGAAGUAACCACCAUGUGGGUUGUGUUCCUGGAGCAAAGACUAAUGGGUUUCAGCAACAGCAGCAACAGUCCUCGUCUUCUUCGUCCUCGUCUUCAUCUGCGGUGGCUCCAGCCAAGAAGCCCAACAUGCAGCUCAUUCAAGCCGACCACGAGCUGUUCCUGCAGGCCUUCGAGAAACCAACUCAAAUCUACAGGUUUCUCCGCACGAGGAACUUAAUCACUCCUAUAUUCUUGCACAGGACACUCACCUACAUGUCCCACAGAAACUCAAGGAAUAACACCAAAAGGAAAAGCUCCAAGGUCAACGAUCUGCUGUUUAAAGUGGAAAAGACGAGGAGCGAGCAGGAGACUAACAGCCUGGCCUCCACUCUGCAGCUCACCUUUACCGGUUUCUUCCACAAAGUUGGAAAGCCGUCUCAGGACUGUGAGAAUGAGCAGAACUCUGUGUCUCUGGAGGUGCUGCUGGUCAAAGUGUGCCACAAGAAGAGGAAGGAUGUGAGCUGUCCGGUGAAGCAGAUUCCCGCGGGGAAGAAGCAGGUUCCUCUGAAUCCGGACUCAAGCGCAGGAGUCCAGGCCAAGCCAGGGUCCGUGCCCUCGCUGCUGAUCCCCAGCGGCGAGUUCGAACACAGCAACUCUCACAUGGUCAAGUCUUACUCACUGCUGUUCCGAGUGUCGCGGCCCGGAUACCCAAGGACACAAAUCAACGGCCUGACCAACGGAGAGAGUCACCUCCACAGAGAUUUCACGGAGGAAGUGGUGAACAAGAAGAGGAGGAGCUCCUCUCUCAGGGAAGAGGAGGAGGAGGAGGAGGAAGCCACAUUUGUGGCUCAGAUGACAGUCUUUGAUAAAAACAGACGUCUGCAGUUGUUGGACGGAGAAUACGAGGUGUCUAUGCAAGAGAUGGACGAGUGUCCCGUCAGCAAGAAGAGGGCGACCUGGGAAACCAUCCUGGACGAAAAGCGUCUUCCUCCAUUCGAGAGUUUCUCCCAGGGUCCCACGCUGCAGUUCACCUUGCGCUGGACCAACGACUCCUGCGAUCGCCCCACUGCGCCCGUGGCUAAACCUCUGGCCACGCGUAACUCCGAGACCAACCACGACAUCAGACCCAGCAGCCUGAGAGCCACACAAACACUGGCGCUCAAAGAAACCAUCAACGUUGACGUGCAAACCAGAAGAGAACAAAUCUCAGCUGAGCCCAGACAGAAACUACGCAUCUUCUACCAGUUCCAGUAUAACAACAACUCUCGGCAGCAGACGGAGGCCAGAGACGACCUCCACUGUCCCUGGUGUACGCUGAACUGCAGGAAGCUCUACAGUCUGCUCAAACACCUCAAACUGUCACACUCCAGGUUCAUCUUUAACUAUGUGCCUCAUCCCAAAGGUGCAAAGGUUGAGGUGUCGAUCAACGAUAGCUACGAUGGCUCGUAUGCAGGAAACCCUCAGGACGUCCACAACCAGCCGGGCUUCGCCUUCAGUCGGAACGGCCCCGUCAAGAGAACUGCCGUCACCCACAUCCUCGUCUGCAGACCAAAGAGGAUGAAGCCGAGUCUGUCUGAGUUUCUGGAGCCAGAGGACAGCGAACGUGAGCAGCAGAGGACGUACAUCAGUGGACACAACCGCCUCUACUUCCGCAGUGACAGCUGCGUGCCACUGCGGCCACAGGAGUUGGAGGUGGACAGCGAGGACGAGAAGGACCCCGACUGGCUGAAAGAGAAAACUGUCAAGCAAAUCGAGGAGUUCACGGACGUCAACGAAGGCGAGAAGGAAAUCAUGAAGCUGUGGAACCUGCACGCCAUGAAGCACGGCUUCAUCGCUGACAACCAGAUGAACGAGGCCUGUCUUCAGUUCGCCGAACACUACGGCGCUCACAUCGUCAAACACAACCUGUGCCGCAACUUUCUGCUGCACCUGGUCAGCAUGCACGACUUCAACCUGGUCAGCACACUGACCAUCGACCAGGCCAUGGCGCGACUCCGCCUCCUCCAGAAACAGGCUGCGCUUAGGACCGCAGGCGGGGAGGAGCAGGAGGAAGAUGAGGAGGAAGAGGAGGACUGGGAGACGGCUGUGGAGUCCCAGCCGGAGCUGGACCCCGAUCCUGAACCGUGUGAGUAUAAACCCUGUAAUGAGAUGAGAAAUGACCGCCUGGAAAGCGGAGACGGCCGCCUCUGCCGGCUGCAGCAGCAGCAGCAGCAGCAGGAGGAAGAAGUAGAGGAGGAGGAGGAAGAGGAGGAGGAGGAGCUGUGACAGAAUGGAUGUUUCAGUCAGAGCCACAAAGAUCCCAAACAAACUGAAUCAAAAACACACAACGGUCACUGCAGGGUCAGAAACAAGACGAACUUUUCAUCACAAAAGUCGUUCCCACGUUUGAAACCGAAAACAAGCUUCGGCUUCAGAUGAGUCGUGAAAGCGAGGACCUGAGGAAACUGUGAAGUGGAGCUCAGGCCUCAAUCUGGAAUGGGAAUAUGUCGACAAAUUCCAUGAAGAAGCCAAUUUGUUGUUUUUUUUUUCAAUUGACAGUUUUUUAUCAAACAGAAGGAACUAUUUUCUACAGUGGAUUCACAAAACCUUCGUUACUGCCGUAAUCAUUUAAACCAGCAGGGCGUGUGUGUGUGUGUAUGUGAGUGUGUGUGUGAGUGUGAGUGAGCAUGCACUGUUGUAACUAUGACGCCUUUUCAUUCCACCACUCAAGAAUAUUGAAAGUCAUCAUUUCCAGGUUUGAGAACCAAACUACUUUUCGAGGAAAAAAAAAAAUUCUAAUUUGGUCUAAAAUGUAGUUGCUGUUGCACCAAAGCUUUAGCCUAAAAAUAAAAAUUAUGUCACAUGUCGAAUCACAUUUGCGAUAUCUGGCAGGAGAAUUCAAGCCGAAAUCGGAUUACUGUUGAGACGGAGAUGAAAACACGAAUUACGUGAGUUAAAUCACUUCACACAAACCAAAACGUAAAAACACGUUGGUCAGGAUAUCGCCUGAUGUCAGAAGAUCAGAAGAACUAAGUUGUGACUUUCUUGCUCCACCAAAGGUUUUUGUGUGUGUGUGUGUGUGUGUGUGUGUGUGUGUGUGUGUGUGUGUGUGUGUGUGUGUGUGUGUGUGUGUGUGUGUGUGUGUGUGUGUGUGUGUGUGUGUGUGUGUGUGUGUGUGUGUGUGUGUGUGUGUGUCAUCAGACAUCAACUCUGGGUAAAAAAACGUCCCGUCACUGUCGCGGUUUAUCCCACGUCCAGUCUGACGCAGUUUCAACUGUUUGGGGAAGAGGAGGCAGGUACUGUCUGAACGGUUUCACAUUUAAAGGGAUAGUUUUAGUUUUUUAGUGCUGUGUGAGAUGCUGACACAAGUCAGCGCACUGACCACAGCCACUCUUCAAAAGAACCUGAAAAUGUCCCUUUAAACCUUCAAACCAGGUGCUACUUCCUAAAACUGCUGCUUUUUGUAAUACCAACCUUCAAGUUCAUCUAUUCAUUUACAUUGUCAUCACCAAUGUGUCUGAGGCCACACCUCCAUUGGAGGCGGAGCCUGAAACGGCACCAAUAUAACUGGAGCGGGUUUGGUUUAUUUUCCAUUGUCACCUGUUGUUGGAUUUUUUUUGUAUAUAAAAUGUUGUGAAUCUUUAUGUAAUAAAUUAGCUUUAAAAUGUGGUCGUUUGGAAACCUGAACAACCACAAGGUUUCUUUUUUACUUUAAAGACGGAAGGAGACGGAUUUGCUGCAGAUUCCUCUGAAAAAGAUUCCUUCCUCGUUUUGUUUAUAAAAUGUAUUGUUUGCUAUAGGCAAACAAUACAUUUGUGAAAUAAAAAAAAGUGAGAAUUCUGCGAAAAAGCUGACCAAUAUUCAAGACAAAACCAAUACUGAUAUCUAAUAUACCAUAAUAUCUAUUUGCGUUCCAUUUACAUCAGAGAGACUUCAACCAUGACUGCGUUAUUGUGAUUGUUAUGGUUUCAUGAGAAUGUAACGGUGUAAAGGCGAUAUAAAAAUGUCACAUGAUUAUUUUUGACCGAAUCAAGUGAGUCAUGAAUUUAUAAGAAAAAAAACUGCUUUAUACUUAAUAUUCAAAAAUGGGUUAAAUGUGUUUCUAACAUGCGUACAAAUUAUUGAAAAUUUUCUUUAAAUCUUUUCGAUGCCAAGGAGCUAAUGUUACAAGAAACCUCUCACAUUACCAAGAAAAAAAUAAAAUACUGUUAUGUUGCAUAAACUUAUUAUCAUAAAAAACUUGAACUUCCUGUGUUUUGGGGGGGGUGGAGCUUUGACCAGAGAGUGGGCAGCAGGGGGUGGGAUUUAUCAGUCACCCAAAAAAAAACUGAUUGUACCUGAAACUGACGGGAAACUUGUCUGAACUGUACCUUGACGAUGUUUCUGUAUAUGCUAGCAUCUCCUGAAAGUUUACAGAGAGCAAACAGAAUUGCGAAUUAUAACAUUUUUACUAUAAUUGUAAAAAAAAAACGCUUUCAACUUGAGGUUUUGUAGCGUAAACUGACGGAAACCUUCUGUCCGAAUUCUACCUUGACUUGUUCUUAUUCAAAAGCUUUUAGACGGGGUUAGCAAAUGAAAUGAACAUUUGUCCGUGUUCAAAAUCUUCAGAAGGUUUUACAGAUUACACAGGAAACCAAUUCACGGUUAUCGCAAUAACUGAUGCCUUGAAAGAUAUAUUUGUAAAAACAAAAACUGAGUCCAAACACCUUAAUUUGGUUUAAAUCUGAAACGUUGUGAGCUGGUGCCCCCUUGCGGCGCUUAAAUAUAAAUCGUUGGCAAGUUUGACAGCAUUUUCCAGUUUCUCAUGUUAAAUAUUAACCGAUAGAAAUUGACCGCAAUCAAAGUUUUACUGCGAUGAAAUCGUACCGUUCUUCUACUACGAUUCCGGGAGUUGUGUCAGACUUUGUUUGUGACGCUGACUCUACGCCUGGUUUGGCUUCACGUGUGACUUCACCUGUUUGCUACGUGCACUUUUUUUCCUUUUUCCGUUCACGAAUGCUGUUGUUUGUUUCUGGUUUUAAGUUGUUAUUUUUUGCUUGAGACCAGCAGCAGUUUUUUUGCACAAGACAAGAGGAGCCAUGUUGGGAAAAACGCGACUUUAAUUCAUCAGUAAUGUAAAACCACCUGACCUGGUUUUUGUAAUAAAACAAACACUUUUGUAUCAUG